AAGAUAGGUCAGGUCAGAUCCCGGAGUCUCUGCGGGGCUUGAGUCAUGUUGGGUCUGUUCAGGCACCAAGAGCCGAUGAGAGCUCCGUGGAGACCAGACUCUGUGGCUUCAUCAGAAACACACACACACACACACACACACACACACACACACACACACAGUGAGAGAGAGAGCUCCAUCACCAAUGAAGCACACACUGCUUUACUUACAUACAUACCAUAGUACAGUAGCAGAGGUCUUCAACAGGAAGUACUGCAGAGGGGUCGUGACGUUUUUGCUUGAUUAGACAAUUUUUUCAAAUAUUUUUUCCCCAAUUUUUUUCCCACAAAUUGUAAUGUCUUUAAAUACACAUUAACAUGAAUCCAACAUGUUGUAGCAAAUGGACAAAUGGAGGCAGAAGAUGUUGUGUUUCAGUCAGAAAUGCACACAUUCAGCUACACACAGGAGCUCUCUCAAACUGGGCACCGCUUCACUCAUGGCCCCUAACGCUGCUCUGCCAAUCACGCUGCCACAUGUUACAUGCUGGCUCUGUCAGGUUCCCCAUGAUUGGCCGAGAGCCUAUUCAGUCCCCAGUCGUGUUGUCAAAAGACACUAGAGCUUGUAUGGAUGCAGAUAUCAACUUGCACGGGUAUCGAUACUGACAAUGCCAUCCUUUGAUCCAGCCGACUGUGACCGUAUCACACAGGCACCGCUGCAGACAGGCAGGCACCGCUCACCUCACCGCAGCAGCCCCGACCUGGACGCGCGCGCACGCACACACACACGCGCACACACACGCACACACACACACGACGUGAACAUGGGAAGUACAAGCAGUAAAGCUCCCGUUUAAACAUGUAAGGCCCGGGCAGGGGCCGGUACUGAGACCCGGUGUUAAACGGCCCAAGGCUAAUUUAAUCAAGACCGUCAUACUAGUAAGGUCCGACGUUACCGGCUCUUAUUGUUACUUUUUAAAGUUUGGGUUUCAUGCAUCAGCAUUCUUCAGCCACACACACACACACACACACACACACACACACACACACACACACGACAGAGUGAAGUCAGACAUCAGCAGAAAGGUGCAGAUGAGUAUAACUUACUCUUGUUGACAACAACUGUGCUUGUUACUGUGAGUCAGUGCAAUAAAACCUCUGCCAAUAAAAAGCCAAUAUUUUAUCAAUACAUGUGAUCAGCAUGUAGACAGCCAUAUUUUAAUCCACUCUGUCUGCAGUCUCUCAUUCACUACUGUUAUGGUUUAUGAUCGCGCGUGUGGGGCCAACAGCACACUGUGAAAGACAAAUUAUGAAAGAUGCAGAGAGUGUGUGUGUGUGUGUGUGUGUGUGUGUGUGUGUGUGUUGAUAGAUACUGUUAAUGUCACUUGUUCAUGUUGCUUCUGUGCACUGAUAGCUCUUUUUAUUGUUUCUGUGUUAUUUUGAGGAGGGCCAUGCAUGAAUAUCUGUCUGUCUGUCUGUCUAUAUGCUAAAAAAAAAAAAAAAGUGGACCUGUCGCUUGCUGCUCAGAAUGUGGCCCAUCGACAUGAUCUGGUUUUAAAAUCCAUCCCAGCUGAAACAGUAAUUGCAGAGCCCUGACCCAAAGACUGUGUUGUUGCUGUUAUUUUUGUGAUGUUCUGACUUUUAUUUGUUCUCUCUUUCUUGAAAAUAGUCUUGAGUACCAUCCUUAGCAUCGUGACAACACUAGCACUUAGAGGCCAUCACUCACUUUUGUUUCCACAUUUAUGUUUAAAAUAGAGACGUCAGUUUGAAUAGCUUGAUUAUCAUGCAGUUGACAGACAGCGUUGGUAUCAGCUGAUAAGAUAUGUUUAUACAUGGCAGUGGCAAGACCCCCCACUCACUGUGCCUUGCACAUGUUUAAAAUAAAAACAUGAAUGUAUGAACCUGUGUAUUAUUUGAAUAGCUCAGUACUGAAUGCAUAACAACAAGGUACGUUUAUACAUGUUACCAGGCCCAGUUUAAUAUAAAACACAAUUUAAUAUACAGUAGAUAUAUGGUAGGGGGUCCCUGCUCCAUCUCUCCAUCAGUUUGGGGCUCCUGGGCCUGAAACACGUCCUCUGCAGUAUGGUAUGAAGUACAGUAGAAGAAGAGAGGUUAACAGUCAGACAGUGUUUGUGACAUCAUCCAUCAAUCAGCCAAUCAGACACCUGCUGUUUGCUGGUGUACUGCCAGCCCACCUGCUGCUGAGCUCAGAGCUGAACCAGGAUCAGGUGUCUAUAUUUACCUGAGAUUAUGAGACAGACUUCCUGUCAGAGAGCCGCCGACCGUCAGAGCAGCAACAUGUCCACAUCGUCUUCAUCAUCUUCAUCGUUCAGCAGUGGCUCUGCAGGGCAGCCCCCCCCCUGGAGGAACAACAGCCUGCUGCUGGGGGGGGGACGGGACCCCCCUCUGUCUGACCAGGGAGAGACCAUCAUAGGAGUGUACCUGCUGCUGCUGGGUUGGUUGUCCUGGUUUGGAAACAGCAUCGUCCUCUUCGUCCUGUACAGACAGAGAGCCGUCCUGCAGCCCACUGACUACCUGACCUUUAACCUGGCCGUCUCCGACGCCAGCAUCUCUGUGUUCGGAUACUCCAGAGGCAUCAUUGAAAUCUUCAACGUCUUCCAGGACACCGACUACCUCAUCUCCUCCAUCUGGACCUGCCAGGUGGACGGAUUCUUCACGCUGGUGUUUGGUCUGAGCAGCAUCAACACACUGACAGUGAUCAGCAUUACCCGCUACAUCAAAGGCUGUCACCCGAGCAGAGCGUGUCACAUCAGCAGGACCAGCAUCUCCGUCUGUCUGCUGCUCAUCUGGAUCACAGCUGGAUUCUGGUCUGGAGCGCCGCUGCUCGGCUGGGGCAGCUACAAAGACCGAGGCUACGGGACCUGCGAGAUCGACUGGGCCAAAGCCAACUACUCCAGUGCCUACAGGUCCUACAUCAUCUGCAUCUUCAUCUUCUGCUUCUUCGUCCCGGUGCUCAUCAUGCUCUUCUGCUACGUCUCCAUCAUCAACACGGUGAAGAGAGGAAACGCUCUGUCGUCAGAGGGCGACCUGACCGACCGCCAGAGGAAGAUGGAGAGGGACGUCACCAUAGUUUCCAUAGUGAUCUGUACGGCCUUCAUCCUGGCGUGGUCUCCGUACGCCGUCGUGUCCAUGUGGUCUGCCUGCGGCUUUCACGUGCCCAACCUCACCAGCAUCUUCACCCGCCUCUUUGCCAAGUCCGCCAGUUUCUACAACCCCCUCAUCUACUUCGGACUCAGCUCCAAGUUCCGCAAAGACGUGGCUGUCCUGCUGCCAUGCACGCGUGAUGCCAAGGACACUGUCAAGCUGAAGCGCUUCAAGCCGAAGGCCGACGCCAGAUUCAAAGCUCCUCUGAACCGCACCGAGAAAAAGUACUCGCCUGGGAACCAGCCUUACCCCGCCCCCAGCCCAGACUCUGGGAUGGGAAGCCCGCGCUGCACGCCGCCACCCACUAACAAGGAAGUGUUCUACAUCGACACGCCCUGCCCCUCUGAGACUGGCCCUGAGUUUGAAUGUGACAGACUCUGAUGAUGUCACUGAAUACAGGAAGUGGGACGGACUGACCUCUAAUCAGGUCAGACAGACUUCAGCAGAGGGCGAUGAUGUCACAGGGCCAUGGCGCCAAAACAUAGAGAAGGAGAAGAAGAAGAAGGAGAAGAAGAAGAAGAAGAAGAAGUCAUCACUUAGUCUGCGUCCAACGUUUAGAACCGUUCCCACUGAUCAGUGUUUGUUUUAUUGAUCACUGGUACAUGUGAUCACUUCCUGCAGGUCUCACUAACGCUUCAAACAUUUUAAUAAUUAAAAAAAAAAAACAU